AACCAUUCCCCCUCCGUCGUUGUGCGCGGGCUUUUGAAAGAUGGCGGCUGUGUCGAAUGUUUCUUUGCCGGAAAUCAAGAGGGAUCUUCUUUACGCGGUUAAAGAAUGCUCAGAGAGAGGCUUGCUUCACAGUGCUAAGUGGGCAGCUGAGUUGGCAUUUUCCAUUCCAUCCUUUGCAACACCUGAACAUCUUCCUGCGACUGAUUAUCGAGAUCCCGAAUUUUUGAAAGAUUUUGAUAAAUAUACCUUGGGGAAGGCAUAUUUUGACCUGAAAGAGUUUAAGAGAGCAGCUUUCUUCUUGGAGGAUUGUACAAGUCACAAAGGAUACUUCUUACUUAUGUAUUCACAUUAUUUGGUCCUCAAGAAAAUGUGAAAAAUGAGCAUCUGACGUGGCUGAGAUCUGGACUCUGUGCAAGACGUGAAAAACUGGAUGGAUUCUGUCUCUUCUUAUUGGGUGUUAUACUUAAAAAACUUGAUCUAAGAGAAGAAGCACUUGAGGUGAUGCUAGAAGCUGUGAAGAAGGAGCCUCUACAUUGGGGCAGUUGGCUGGAGCUGUCAUCUCUCUGUACGGACAAGGAAAUGCUACAGUCAUUGACCCUUCCCUCCCACUGGAUGGCUCAGUUUUUCCAAGCUCAUGUUGCAAUUGAUCUUCAGUUGAAUGAGGAAGGACUGGAGAGAUAUACAAAACUGAGCCAAGCUGGAUUUGCUGACAACAAAUAUGUCUUACUGCAAACAGCUCUAGCACAGUACCAUGCCAGAGAUUUUGAUGCUGCAUGUAAGCUGUUCAAACAAGUCAGAGAACAAGAUCCAUGUUCCCUAGAGCACAUGGACACUUACUCCAAUAUUCUUUAUGUAAAGGAAAUGAAACCAGAACUUAGUUACUUAGCACACCACACAAAUAGUAUUGAUAGGUACAGAGAGGAAACAUGCUGUGUCAUAGGAAAUUAUUACAGCCUCCAUGACCAGCACGAAAAGGCUGUGACAUACUUUCAACGUGCUCUGAAACUAAACCCACAGUACACAUCUGCUUGGACUUUAAUGGGGCAUGAGUUUAUGGAGAGGAAGAAUACUUCAGCUGCUAUAGAAGCCUACAGGAAAGCCAUAGAAGUCAAUUAUCGAGACUACAGAGCAUGGUAUGGAUUAGGACAAACAUAUGAAAUUCUGAAAAUGCCAUUCUAUUGCUUGUAUUACUAUAGACAGGCUCACAAAUUCAGACCAAAUGACUCAAGGAUGUUAGUUGCUUUGGGUGAAAGCUAUGAAAAGUUAAACAGUAUGCAGCAAGCUAAAAAAUGUUAUUUCAGGGCAAUGUCAGUUGGUGAUCUUGAAGGGAUGGCUGUGAUAAAGCUAGCAAGAUUACACGAACAUCUUAAUGAGGAUAAUGACGCUGCCACUCAAUACAACCGUUAUGUAGAACAGACAGAAGUUGUUGGAGUAAUGUCUGUGGCUGAUUUGUGUUCUGCAUAUGUGUUUUUGGCAAGAUACAAUCUGAAGAAUAGAAAUCUAGAAGCUGCAGAGAUGUAUGCACACAAGUGUUGUGAAUUUAAUGAGGGUAGAGAAGAGGGCAAAGGACUGCUUCGCCAAAUUUCCAACAGCCGGUCCAGUGGAGAUGGUGCCAGAGAGAGUGCAGAUGCCUUCACCCAAGAAUUAUCACUUGGAAAUAUAAGUGUUGACCAUGAAACAAGUAUGUCGCCUGUGGUACGAACCAACUUGGAUUUCAACACCCCUUGAGAACAGCUGACUUUAUAUAGUUUGAUUAAAAGAGAAGCUUAGAUCAAUUUUACAUUUUGUCUCUAUCAACUGCUGGAACUUAAUUUUUAUACUAAUAAACCCAAGUUGCUCCACAACAUCUGCUGUUGGUAGCUGUGUUUCUCAUCUAAUGUACAGAGGGAUCAGAGAUGUGUGCAGACCUGGAAAGUUUUAACCUGGAGGAGGCUGACUUAGUGAGCUAAGAAACAGCCCUUAGCACUUUGCACAGAGCUGUUAUUACAACUUAAAUUGUUGAUGUUUAUCACAACACGAUCAUGUGACUUGUUAUUUUUUCUCACUAAGAGAGGUCUAACCUGUGAAAAAUAAUUACAGUGUGUUACCUUGAGAAGUAAUGUGUACAGUAACUGUAACUGUUACAAACAAUAAAAUG